AGCUGAUCGGGCGAGGAAGUAAACACUGAAGUAAACACAGCGAACCAGUUCAAGAUUGGCUCCACAAAUGGCAACUCUGAUCUGCACUUUACAAGACCAUCAGGAUGACGUCAACUGGUGCGCCUUCUCGGGAAAACUGUUAGCCACGUGUUCCGGCGACAAAACCCUAAGGAUAUACAGCACUAAGGACUUCUCCGAGCUGCCUUUCUCGCCGCUGGCAGGACAUGGCUACAGCGUCCACUGCUGCUGCUUCAGCUCCUGCGGACAGUUUCUGGCCUCAUGCUCCACAGACGCCACCACGGUGAUCUGGUCCAUGGUCACAGGUGACCUGGAGGCCGUGCUCGAGCAUCCCGGGAGAAGCCCCGUCCGGGUAUGUGCUUUCUCUCCCGACUCUGUCCACCUGGUGUCUGGGGCGUCUGAUGGCACGUUGGCUCUCUGGGAUUUCCCCUCUAGAAAACUACGAAGGACUGGGGCAGUUAGUGACACAACAAUGGUAGCUUGCUCCUUCAGCCCCUGCAGUCAGAUGUUCAUGAGCGGCUCCACCUAUGGGGACCUGCGUCUGUGGGACCUGAACAUGAACCAGCUAUACGCGGAGAAGAACGCCCACGACCUGGGGGUGUCCUGCUGCAUGUUCGCUCCCACCAUCCUCACUGGUGGUCAAAUGGUGCAGCUUCGAUUGGCGUCCUGCGGUCAAGACUGUCACCUGAAGAUAUGGGCCAUUAACAAGUUCUGCUCUGGAGCGUAUAAGAUGCAGCUCCUUCACACACUAACUGGACAGUCGGCUCCGGUCCUCUGCUGUGCGUUCUCCUCGGAUGGGCGGCUGCUCGUGUCUGGCUCUGUGGACAAAAGCGUUACAAUCUACGAUGCAAAUAACGCAGUUUUGCUGUACACGCUGAAAACACACGACAGGUACGUGACAGCCUGCGCCUUCUCUUCAACUUCACCACUGAUUGCCACAGGAUCGAUGGAUAAGUCUGUAAACAUCUGGAGGCUGGAAGAUGGAGGCACGGCAAAUGGCGGAAAGUCGCUUUCAGAAGAGUAUGAGCAGACAUCAACAGAAGCAAGAGCCCCGGCGGGUCGAUCGAGGCUGCUGGUUGCCGAUUGGACGGAAGAGGACGUGUCGGAGUGGCUGGUAGAGGAAGGCCUCGAGAGAUUGGUGGAUUGUUUUAAAUCCAAUAAUAUAGAUGGUACGGAGCUGCUCGGUCUCACCAAGGAAACACUGGCGUCAGAGCUGCGCAUAGAAUCAGUUGGCCUGCGGGGCAAACUCCUGAGGAAGGUGGAGGAGCUGAAGAGUGAUUCAGUGUGUUCAGGCAUUCCUGAUGAGUUUCUCUGUCCAAUCACCAGAGAGACAAUGAGGGAGCCAGUUAUUGCUGCUGAUGGCUACUCUUAUGAAAGAGAGGCCAUUGAAGGCUGGAUCCACACCAAGAACCGCACCAGCCCCAUGACCAACCUUCCCUUACUGACGACCCUGCUCACCCCGAACCACACGCUGAAGAUGGCUAUCGGCCGCUGGAGGACGAGCCACUGACCUCCUUCACACCCAAGCACAACGCAGUGCUCACAUCAGAACCGCAGGUUUCCAGGUUUCUGACUUUGUGCCAUUUAAUUUGGUGGGACUCGUUUAUGAAAUGACGCUGAUUACUAUAAUUAUUUUAGUUUCAUCAUGAUCUGCCUGUACGCUGAGGGUGAAUAUAGCAAACAUGAGAAUCUCACUUAAAGAGUAUAACUCAGUAAUUCACUUCACCUUACGUUCAAGCUAGUUGUAGUUUUGCCCCUUGAAGAGAUGCUUGACAGGAUACACAUGUCUGAAAAGUGAUACAAAAUUUCUUUAUAAUAUGUAGGCUACGAAUAUUCAUAAUAAUAAAAAAAGUGCACAAGAAUAAUGUUCUGAUAGCUCAGUCCUCAUCUGGAUUUAACAUUCGUGAUGAUCCCUUUACCCUUUUUCUAUACAGAUGAUUGUGAUGGGGGGGUAUUUUCCCUCUCUGACCAUCUAUUAUAUUUUGUUUUGUUUUUUUUAAUUGUAGAUGUAAACAUUAGCUGACCAAAGUAGUUCAAGGUUUACUUUCCCACAUCAACCCACAUCUAGCUGUGAAUGUAAUGAGUGACAUUAAUUACUAAAACCUCUCCAUGGCUCAGGUUUGCCAAUCUCCAGUUGUAAACGAGCUGUUUAAUGUAAUGUCUUCGUUAAAUGUUUAUAUACUGUAUAUUUUUGUGUUGAACUGUGAAGGGACAAGAGCUUUUAUUCUUGCGUACACACCCCAGACCUUAAUUAAUAUUUCUGAGAUACACAGUGAAAUAAGCAGAUGUAGAAAUAUAGUCCUCAUGUAAUAUUUUUAUUAUCCCACAAUAUUAAUGUGGUAACAUUCUUUAUACCGUUGUAUGACUCUGAAAAGGGUAUAUGACAACUAUGGACAUACUGCAAGAUAAAAAUUAUCCUAAGGUUCUCUGUCCUACAUUUGGAAUAAUGUUUCCUCUGUUUUUAAAUAAACCCAUAAAUGCUUCAUCUGAUUAAGUUCUCUGCAAUGCAAAAAUAAAUAACAUACUGUAUACCGUCCAUAUUGAUGCAGUCAAGUCCGUGUUAAAUUAUGACAAUAAGUUUCCAACAACAUCAUGUACAGUGUCUUUUUUUUUUUUUUUUAUCAAAUGUACCAAGAAAGAGAAUCUGAAUUACAUAAAGACCUUCCUUUGAA